AUGAGUGAUCGUUUCUCCUUGGAGCAGCUCACUGUUCGUUUGGGGAACCUUCGGAUUUCGAUUACAGCCGAGCCCUCUGGCGCAGAGCCCCCUCGCAGCCCUUCACCCUCGGACUCUUUCGUUCUGGUUGAGAACUUGGAGACAGGCGCCCAGGCCUCUUCGGAAACUGGACCCCUUGCUGGAGGAGCACGACCUGCUCCUCAGACUUCGGAGCCGACACGGUCAUCCGACGAGGCUUUCAUCGAGGCCAGGACUCUGCAGCAGCUUUCUGAGCUGAACUUGGGUGGCUACACGACCUUGGCUCGCCGGCUCGGGGUCGUAGGCCCUUGGUCCCCGGAGACUCGUAUUGCAAGGGCCUUCCGUGCUGGUGUUUCGGCUGGACUUGUGCUGCGUGGCGAGCGGGCCUACCAGGAGAGCAGCUUGACUUUGGGGACCCGGAAUCGUGUCUACAUCGUCCUUCGCUGCCCCUCCCGGCCUGAGGGCUUCUACUGCGAGAACUUCGGGACUUUCAGAGAGCACUGUCCGCAAAGUCGCUUUGGCCGGCUGGAUAGCGGCAUUAUCUGCCACGGAUUUCCUUCGCGGGCGGAGGCUGAGGCCUUCGUCUUCGGCUCCGGGUCGCCAUGGCCGCAGGAGACACCGACCCUACGGAUCACGGCGUUUGUCUUGAAGCACAGGGCAGGUGGAUUCAUGGUGGCUCUGCCUGGUCUUCCCGAGGUGACCGAGCUACUCACGAACCUCGCUCUGGGCAGCCCCGAGGCCCCUUUGUUGUUCACCGAGGCGACUGUGGCUUGCGAGACGCCCCGACGGCGGGCCGUUGGCGAUGUCGGCCUGGUGCUCGCGGACGUUCCUUGGCACUGGUUGGGCUUCUUCAGGCGGGGGGCUUCUCUCCGCAACAGCGAGCUCCGGCUUUUGUCCAUCACGUCUGCUGGCGCAGUUGUUCGGCCAGUGCUUGGCCCGGCUUUGGCUGCCGCCGAUUCUUGGGUGGCCUCUGCUCAGGACGAGCCAGACAUGCAGGACUCGAUGGGCGAGUAUGCUACCGCUGCAGAGGACGGCGAGGACCUGGGCCCCGAGGACGAGGGCUUGGACACACCCGACAUGGAGAUCGCCCGCCUUCGCGCUCAGGUUGCUUCGCUCGAGCGGGCCGCUCAGACACAGCCUCCUGCAGACGGUGGUCGCCCGGGGGGCCGGGCAACUGGAACACAAGCCAGGCGAGGGGCUCGAGACCUUUUUCCGGAAGCCGGGGCGACAAGCCUCGCACCUGGCGAUUGGGAUCGGCUUCGGACCGCGGCUGGGGUGGCGGAUCAGCUCCGUCGUUUGGCUGCACAGGAGCUGGGAGAAUCGGCGGAGGACCCCCCGGCGAGCCUGAUGCGGACUUACAUCGAGCGUCGCAGCCCUGUCGGAGAACUUCGCACUCUAGCGUUGGUCGGGAUAUUCGCCGGCCAUGCUUGGGAACAGGCCCGCCGCUCGGAGAACAUCGAGAUGGAAGGUUGGUUCGCGAGGCUGCUUCUUUUCGUGGAUCAAGCCGCCACCGAGGGAGGUCGCACUCAGCUCGCCUGGCUCCUUGCGGGGCUGCCGGAGCCCUCGUGGUCGACAAUGGUGCGAAAGAAGCAGGGUGUGAAGCCGUUUUCGCGAAUGUGCCCUUCCCUGUGGGCCUCGGCGAACAUUGCCUACCUGAAGGAGAUGGACUGGAUCGCGGGCCGAAUGUCGACGACUUCAACUGCGGACCUCAACAAGGACACGGCCCCGACCGACGACCCAGGCCUGAGAUGCGAGAAGGGAGUUGCAUGCGAGCGACCUGUGGCCUGUCCCGAUGCCCUCUCGGGCUCGAUGAUCACUAGCUCUUUGCAUGCCGAGCUGGACCCCUACACUAGGACGCCGCCGCGGCACAGGCUUCGGGAUACCAUCAUUUUCGAGGGCGCUGAUCGUGCAUAUCCGGCGGUUGGCCUCGUGCAGCAUCCAAAGAAGAGACAGCGCAACGUCACCAAGGGGACGUUCCUCGGCGCUGACGUCGACGGCGUGGUUGGAUUGAUAUCCGCCCCGCGGCACCGCGUUGGCGUGCUGAUGCGCAUCACACUCUUGGUCGUUCAACGCGCCUGCGCUUCCUCUGGCUUGCUUUCGUCGCUUUUGGGCCUGUGGGUCCACGUCUUACUUUUUCGUCGACCCGCUCUGGCCGUGCUGCAAAGUGUCUUUGAGGAUGCGCGACGCACCCCUCGCACCGCGGUCUACAGGUUGCAGCGCUCUUCCCUGAAUGAGCUGUUGGCUCUUUGCGCGUUGGCCCCGCUUUUGCAGGCCGACCUUCGUGUGGACCACCCUGGGAUGCUCUUCGCUAUGGACGCGUCCCCUUCGGGCGCGGGCCUUUGCGCCGCUGAACUGCCUCCGGCCGUGCUCAAAGAACUCUGGCGUCAUGGCGAACAAAAGGGCUUUUACACUAAGCUUUUGGAGCCUGCUGGGGCACUCCUUGCUGAGCUUGACUUGCAUGAUGACCCAGGCGGUUUCUUUGCUGAGAGUGUUGGCGACGCCACGGUUUCCGGCUUUGCUUUUGGCACCGAGCCGUUACCUUUGCGACCUGCGCUUGCGGCUCCUGGCUGUUUUGUGCACCUUUUCGCUCGCGACCCUUCUUGGGCCUCUGCGCACUGCGACUUGGGGCUUGUGCCCUGCCCUUCGCCUGGUCUUGACCUUGCCUCGCUUCGCCUUGAGGACCUUGCGUCUCCGACUGUGUUCCACCAGCUGCGGGCGUUGUUGACUUCCGGUGCCGUCUUUGACCUCCACGUGUCCGCUCCGGUGCUUUCUUUUGCCUCACGCGGGCCUUUCGCGUCUCGUACUCCGAGGUCGCCUUCAGCCUCUCACCUGUGCCGCGGCUCCUUGCGCUCGCAUGACCGCCUCGCGCGCCGUUUGUGCUUUCUGCUUUGCCUCGCCGUCUCGUCUGGGGUCUUUGUCAGCGUGACCCAGCCUGCUUCUAGCAUGCUCUUCAGGCUUCACUGCUUUCGCGGGCUCAUCUCUCUGGGAGCCAUGCUCACCAAGGCCUUCGACCGCGCCUGCUGCCCCUCGUCUUCGGCCGUCUUUGGCUGCACCCCUCGCCCUGGGCAGUCGGUUUCUGAGUUUUGUGCCGCCUACCCCCGGUCUUUCUCUUACCGUGCGGCGGCCGGCAGCGCUUUGGCUGCGUCAGGCUUUGUGGCUCCUGUCCCGGCUGGCCACAUAAACAUCCUCGAAAGCCGCGCCUACAAGACUUGGAUCAAAUGGUGCUCCAAGCGCUUUCCGCGCUCCCGGCUUUUGGGCUUGAUAGACAGUCGCGUGCUUUUGGGUGCUGCCGCCAAAGGCCGCUCGGCCAGUCCCGCUCUCUGCCGCGUUUUACGGUCGACUUUGCCGUACGUCCUUGGCUCUGGCCUUUACCCGUGCGGUCUUCACGUCUACUCGGCAAAGAACCGGGCCGAUGGCCCCUCGCGUGGCCGCCCCCCUCAGGCCGCCACUAAAGCUUGGCCCUCUUGGCUUUCUCACUUGGCCUCCGGCAACCCUAGGACCUUUGACCUCGUCUGCGCUUCAGCGUCUGUGCCUCGUCUGUUGGGCAGGUGGGUUCGGCUUUUCCUCUUGCUGUGCGGCGACGUUGAGCGCAACCCAGGGCCCUUCUACACUGGGGGGCCUCGUGGCUGUCUCGACUUGCAGUCCGGUUUUGCUCCUUCCACUCGUCACAAGAUGACGAAGGCCCUUGGUGCUUUCACUGUCUGGCUUGAAAAAGACUUUGGUCUCAGCCUUGAGGCGGCGAUGUCUUCUCCUCAAUCUGCCGCCCUCGCCCUGCGCGCUUUCGGUCUUCACUUGUACUCUGCAGGGUUUCCGCGCUACCUUCUGGUCUAUGCGAUCACCUCGAUCCAAGACCGGUUCCCGGAGUUUCGCACACACCUUGCUCCUGCUUGGCAGAUAGACCGUAAAUGGCAGCUGGCCGAGCCAGGCGAAUGCCGUCCUGUCAUCUCUCAGCCUAUCCUUCAGGCCUGCAUCGCUUUAGCUAUCUGCUGGGGCUGGUACGACUGGGCCGCCCUCACUGCAGUUGGUUUUCUUUGUAUGCUUCACCCGGCCGAGAUGAUUCCCUUGAUUCGGCAGGACCUUGUCUUCCCUGCUGACGCUUUGUCACCGGACCCAGUUGCGUACGUGCACCUUCGCAACCCGAAAACUCAGCGGUUCGCCCGGCGGCAACACGCUCGGCUUGAAGACCCCCUUGUCCUUCAGUGGCUUUCGGCCUUGUACUUCGACUUGCCUCUUAGCGCCCGGCUUUUUCGCGGGUCGAUGUACGUCUACCGCCGACAGUGGAAUAGCAUCUUGGCCCGGCUGGGCAUCCCGCAUCAGUUGGCGAAUCGUGGCGCCACUCCCGGUGUCCUCAGAGGAUCGGGGGCUACUUUCCUCUACCUCGAGACCGAGGACCUCUCCUUGGUCUCGUGGAGGGGCCGGUGGUCCAAGACUAAGACGGUGGAGUUUUACCUCCAGGAGGUGGCAGCCCAGCUCAUGCUUCACAGGCUCCCCCCUUGGUCCCGAGAUCGUAUCCGCCUCCUCGCUUCCUAUGCGCGCCCGCUGAUUCUUCAGCUUAUCGCUUCUUGUGGCGAUGCCAAGUAA